CGCGCGCAUCCCCCGCUGCCGAGAACGCGCCCGGCGCCUCCCACAGCGCAUCCUCGCGGAGCAUGGCGGCCGCUAAGGUGACUUUAACUAAGAGGGCGGAUCCAUCCGAGCUGAGAACCAUAUUUUUAAAGUAUGCAAGUGUUGAGAAAAAUGGCGAAUUUUUCAUGUCUCCGAAUGACUUUAUCAACCGGUACCUGAAUAUUUUUGGAGAUUGCCAGCCCAACCCCGAGACUGUGGAGCUCCUAGGAAGUGUGGUGGACCAGACGAAGGAUGGGCUAAUAUCCUUUCAAGAAUUCAUAGCGUUUGAGUCUGUCCUGUGCGCCCCGGAUGCUACGUUUGUGGUAGCCUUCCAGCUGUUUGACAAAACUGGCGGUGGAGAGGUGACCUUCGAGGAUGUAAAGCAAGUUUUUGAACGGACCACCAUUCAUCAACACAUUCCAUUUAACUGGAAUUCGGAAUUUGUGCAGCUGCACUUUGGGAAAGACCGAAAAAGACGACUUCCCUAUGCAGAGUUCACACAGUUCUUACUGGAAAUACAGUUGGAACAUGCCAAGCAGGCCUUUAUGCAGCGGGAUACUGCCCACACCGGGCGGGUCACCGCCAUGGACUUCCGGGACAUCAUGGUCACCAUCCGCCCACACGUCUUGACGCCUUUUGUGGAGGAGUGCCUGGUUGCGGCUGCGGGAGGUACCACGGCCCACCAAGUUAGCUUCUCCUACUUCAAUGGAUUUAAUUCUCUCCUUAACAACAUGGAGAUCAUUAGGAAGAUCUACACCACGCUGGCUGGCAACAGGAAAGACGUCGAGGUCACCAAGGAGGAGUUCGCGCUGGCAGCUCAGAAGUUCGGGCAGAUCACCCCCAUGGAAGUGGACAUCCUCUUUCAGCUGGCCGACCUCUAUGAGCCGCGAGGACGCAUGACGUUGGCGGACAUUGAGAGGAUCACCCCCCUGGUUGGCGAGCGCCUGCAGGGCCGGCUGACCGAGUUCCAAAGGCAGGUCUCUGACACAGCACCGUCUCUUCAGAAGGUCUCUGGGGAUUCACGCCCCUUCAUCAUCCACGUGGCAGAGUCUGCUUACAGGUUCGCCCUGGGCUCCGUUGCUGGAGCUGUGGGAGCCACUGCCGUCUACCCAAUUGAUCUGGUGAAGACCCGGAUGCAGAACCAGCGGUCCACGGGCUCCUUGGUGGGAGAGCUGAUGUACAAAAACAGCUUUGAUUGUUUUAAGAAAGUGCUGCGCUACGAAGGCUUCUUUGGACUCUACAGAGGUCUGGUGCCCCAGUUGUUGGGGGUCGCCCCGGAGAAGGCCAUCAAGCUCACGGUCAAUGAUUUUGUCCGCGACAAGUUCGAACGCAAAGAUGGCUCUAUCCCCCUGGCAGCGGAAAUCCUCGCUGGUGGCUGUGCCGGAGGCUCGCAGGUGAUUUUCACAAACCCACUAGAAAUCGUCAAGAUCCGCUUACAAGUGGCUGGAGAAAUCACCACAGGCCCUCGCGUCAGCGCCCUGUCCGUGGUCCGUGACCUGGGCUUCUUUGGAAUCUACAAGGGUGCCAAAGCGUGCUUUCUGCGGGACAUCCCCUUCUCCGCCAUUUACUUCCCCUGCUAUGCGCACGUGAAGGCGUCCUUCGCUCAGGAGGAUGGGCACGUCAGCCCUGGGAGCCUCCUCCUCGCGGGGGCCAUUGCUGGUAUGCCAGCUGCAUCUUUAGUGACCCCCGCUGACGUGAUCAAGACAAGACUACAGGUGGCAGCUCGGACUGGCCAGACCACCUACAGCGGAGUGAUGGAUUGCUUUCAGAAGAUCCUUCGAGAAGAGGGCCACAGAGCCUUGUGGAAGGGGACAGGGGCUCGUGUGUUCCGAUCAUCGCCUCAGUUUGGCGUGACGCUGCUGACCUAUGAGCUGCUGCAGCGUUGGCUCUACGUGGACUUUGGGGGCACAAAACCAGCCUCCCCCGAGCCUGCUGUGAGAUCCCUGCGUCCCUCCAAUGCCGACCACGUGGGGGGCUACAAGUUAGCCGUGGCCACGUUUGCGGGCGUCGAAAACAAGUUCGGACUCUACUUGCCUCGGUUCAAGCCAUCCGCGCCCGCUCCGUAGUGACCCGCGCUGCUGACCUGGCAGAGCUGGGGGCAGCCUCCAUCCUCUCUCCCUUGUCUUGUUCAGAUGUAAGCUGGGCUUUCUAUCAUGAUCACUACAUGGAAUCGUUUGGGGUUCGCGCUUCCUUAACCAGUUGACGGUGAAAUUCCUGCUCGUGAUUCAUUCUUGCAGCCGAGCUGGCCUCCGACCUCAUGACCCCGAGAGAGGACAGGGCAGGAGCGGAGCGACGAGCGGACUUGGGAGACCCUUUCCUCGGGCCGGGGGAGGGCGGAGAGCCCUGACGUUGCUUUUAUACCAGGAUCAGCCGCCCUGGCAUCGGGCUUUAAACAUCGACACGCACAAGCAGUCUCUGGAUCGUAUUAUGAAGCAUUGAUGUGAAACAUGUUUUUGUGUAAUGCAAACCACAUUGACUGCUGCGACCCCGGACUCCGUUCCCAGCAUCGGGCCGCUUGAGGAGAGGGCUGCGUCCGUAUGCUCUUAGCGCGCCCUGGCAUUUUCUCUCGCUUUCAUCGCACAAGUGACUGGGCUCCCCUCUCCGGGGUCCAGAAGGUGGACGGACCAGGCCCCUCCCCCUGCACCCCCACCCCGCAGCCGCUGUCCCUGCUCUUCUCUUUACCCUCAAUCAUGUCGAAGACAAAGAUGGUCUCUGAUUUCUGGUGCCUGGGGGUCAUGUUUGUAGGGCUGUGUAUUUAUUUCUGAGGAGAGAAAUAAACCCUUCAAACAGCUA